CCAGGGCACUCCAGCUGGGGGUACACAAUACACACACACACACACACACAAACACACGCGCACACACACACACACACGCACACACACACAUACUGUUAGUUAUAUAGUACAAGCACACACCACACGACGCCACUCAUACACUUUCACACACACACACCUUUCACACACCUUUCACACAGUGAUGUGCUCGACUGCGGUACACACGUGCGCCUGGGCUGUGGCAAGGCGAAGGGCCGUGGCACGGCGGAGGCUCGUAAAAUCCAGGUCACUGCGAACCAAGAAGUUAUGGGCGCUUUCGCGAAUGCGUUGUCGGUGCCCACGAGGAGGAGCUCUCGCGGAAGAACGCGGCAACCCCUCGGGCGAACUUUUUGGGAACGUUUCGCUGGAAGAUGCUUCUCGACUCUUCUCGGUACGCUUUCCCCCGACCACUGGGUGCAAGCUUGAACUGCGGGCGACGUCUUGUGGGCGUGGUCUUGUCGCCACUGCGCCUAUUGCUCAGGGUGAGACGCUCGUAUCCGUGCCUUGGCGGGAGUCCGUUCACGUAAUCGAGAACGGGCACGACGACGAUCUUAGACUCGCUCUUGCGCUCCUCGAUGUCCUGGAAGCCGGAAUCAGUGUGAGCAAUGACGCACGCGUGAAUGCGUGGCGGGAAUACCGCGUAAUGCUGCCCAUAUCUACUGGCGCGGCCGCCUUCUGGUCUUCAGAAAACGUUUCCGCGUUGCAGUUGCCAGAGGCAGUAAAGAAGACCUCUGAGUUGCACGAGAAGUUUAUGCGAUAUGUGGACGAAGUUUCGUCUUCCAGUGAAGUUUCUCCAGGCGUUCGUUCGAGGGCGGAUGUGAUGUGGGCACUCAGCAUGGUGCACAGUCGAUCAUUCUCAGUGCGCACGCCCUUUGGCCACGCACGUGCGCUCGUUCCGUUUGCGGAUUUAUUCAAUCACAAAACUGAGGAUCCAACCGCAGCGCGAGAAACGGAUGUAACUCUUUCAAUGAGCGGUCGCGUGAACGACAAUGGAACCAGGGAUAACGAACCUUGGAUUGUGGACUGGGGUACCAAAGGUGAGAUGGAUCGUGAUGAUGUUCGAGACGCUGGCGCUGACUCUGCAAUGUUUCACAUGCGUUCGAUAUGGAAUUUUGAUGUCAACGAAGAGGUGUUCAUAACGUAUGGGCACGAGACGUCCGCGGAACUGUUGUCUUCCUAUGGUUUCUUCCCGUGUCCUAAUCACGGUGAAUAUAUCCGCGUGUACGAUGACGUCCAAGAGUUGCUAGACGAUGAUCGUUGGGUAAAAAAUAAAACACCAAAAGCGGGAGCGGAGAAGGAGGCGGUGAUUUGGUCCGCACUUGCUGUCGAGGCACCGCUGGCGAUUCGCCCUGGCGGCUUACACGCCAGCGCACAUUUGCUCGGGUGUCUACGCGUUAUGCACGCCAGUGGCGGGAGUGCAGAAGAUGACGGGAGUGGAUUACAUAUGAUAAGAGACGAAGAUGUCCCGGACGUUGGGCACAGUGUAUUUGUUUGGACGGAAGGGGGGCUCACGUGUGGGGCUUGGGCAAGGGAGACCGUUGUUAUGGUGAAUUCCGAUGACGUAGCAGUGUCGAGGGCGAGAGCGAGAGCAGUGGUCGAUGCGGCAGCUUUAGGCCAGGCGGCAGCGCGGUGCACUGAGAUGCUUGAGGACCUGCCUACGACGCUUGAAGAAGAUGAGGUGCUGCUUCGAGAGCUAGAGUCUUCUGGAGGGGUUGAGGCGACAUCCGAACGUAUGUAUGUUUGUGAUGCCGAGUCAACGGCAUCGUCGAAUUCUGCCAGGCAGACUAGGGUUGACUUCGCGCAGUUCAUGACUGCGUUGAAGUACCGGAUAUCCGCGAAGAAGGUGCUCGUUAAUUUCAUCAACUUGUGUCGAGCACAUGGAGUAGAGCCAAGUCCUCUGUUAUAAAACCUCCGCUUCAUUCCUGCAUGUAAAAUUCACA